AGCCUAUAAAGAUAGCCAUGGCCUCUUACACAAUUUCUCAUCCAAUCUCCUUUCUGUUCAUUUCAUUGCUGUAAUAUCAUAUCAAGCAACUUUGAAACCAUAAUUUCUAUUGGCAUAGGAGAAAAUGUCAGGAGGAAAGGAUAGAGGGCUACACUACCCAUAUAGUUAUGACUAUCCUCCGCCGCCAACUACGGCUUACCCUCCGCCGCAUGGGUAUCCACCGCCGGCGACCGUGUAUCCUCCUAGUGGAUACCCACCACCGUCUUCUGCUUAUACUCAGCCCUAUUCUUCUACUUACCACUCUUCAGGUGGUUAUCCUGCACACCAUCCAUCAGGGAUAUAUGGAUCUAGCAGCCUUGCUGGGCCGAUGGUGGCGGCAGCGGCGGGAUAUGGCGCCGGCCGUUAUCACUCCGGGCACGGCGGCGGCGGUCGCUAUGGAUAUGGCGGCGGUGGCUAUGGAUAUAGCAGCGGUGGCUUUGGACACUAUGGUCAUGGAAAGUUCAAGCGUGGGAAGUUUGGGAAGCAUGGAAAGUUUGGAAAGCAUGGAAUGUUCGGAGGAAAAUUCAAGAAGUGGAAGUGAUCUUCUUGGCCACCUUUCAUGGCGGCCGGCGCCGCCUGUACUGUAAUAACAUUAUUUUCUUAUUAUUAUUAUUAUAAUAUAUGUCCCAAUAAUUUCUAUGAAUAGAAUAAUAAACGUUGGUUUCAAAAAAAAAAAGAAUAAUAAACUUUAAUUUACCUA